AAUUUCUCUCCCGCGAUUACAGGGGUGCUUAUAUGGCUUCUCCACCACCUCCCUCACCCUCCUCCAUCUUCUUAUCUUUCUCAAAAACACUUUUCUUUCUUCUCUGAUUCGAUCCAAUUGGCCGCAACUUCCCGCCGAUUCGUGAAACCUAGGGUUUCACUGCGGAACCACACGUUCAUUCUCUCGCGCGCUGAUUUCUCCAUUUCCGUGAUCUCGUUGAGCGGACGGACGGGGAUUGUUUGAUUUGGAGAGGCCGUGGGGUCAGAAUACUCUCUAUCGAGGCUGUAAGGUUUGUGCCUGCUCUGCAGAUCUGAAGUCGAGGUUACUGGAACGGACGGGCGAUUGAUUCCCUUUGGUGAAUUAUUCAAAGAUGUUUUGGCGUAUGGCUGGCCUCUCCACUGCUUCGCCGGUGGAGACAAUAUUGGACAAAAGUAAUUUUACUCUAGAGGAGCUGCUGGACGAGGAUGAAAUAAUUCAAGAAUGCAAGGCACUCAAUGGGCGCCUGAUCAACUUUUUGCGAGAAAAGGCUCAGGUGGAGCAGUUGAUUCGAUAUAUUGUGGAAGAGCCUACAGAAGAUGCCGAGAAACGGCGGGCAUUCAAGCUCCCGUUUAUUGCUUGUGAGAUAUUUACUUGUGAAGUUGAUAUCAUUCUGAAAACUUUGGUCGAAGACGAGGAGUUGAUGAACUUGUUGUUUUCUUUCUUGGAGCCAACCCAUUCCCAUGGGACACUGUUAGCAGGUUACUUCAGCAAGGUUUGCAUAUGCCUUUUGCUGCGAAAGACGGUUCCUUUCUUAAAUUAUGUAAAGGGUCAUCAGGAAAUUCUUGCAAAGCUGGUUGACCUUAUUGGUAUUACCUCUAUAAUGGAGGUAUUAAUUCGGUUGAUUGGUGCUGAUGAACAUUUGUACUCGAGUUACGCAGAUGCCAUGCAGUGGAUACAGGAUACAAGUGUUCUGGAGUUGAUUGUCGACAAGUUCAGCUCAUCUGAUUGUCCAGAGGUGCAUGCGAAUACGGCUGAGACCCUUUGUGCAAUAACGCGAUUUGCUCCCCCUGGUCUUGCUGCCAAAAUAUCUAGCCCAAAUUUCAUUGGAAGGUUGUUUCGACACGCGCUAGAAGAAUCGAGGCCGAAAUCUGUACUAGUUAACUCACUAUCAAUAUGUAUAUCUUUGUUAGACCCUCGGAGGUUAAAUUUGGGGACGUAUCAUACAUUCAAUCGCCAGCUAAAUCAUGGAUCUGCUGUAAGUGCUAGUCCAACCACUGUUGAGGGGAUGCUGGAAAGCUUAGGUGACCUUCUGAAGCUGUUGGAUGUUUCAUCAACAGAGAAUGUCUUGUUAACUACAUAUGGAAAGUUGCAGCCACCUCUCGGCAAGCAUCGUUUAAAGAUUGUGGAAUUCAUAUCAGUCAUCCUAACCAUUGGUAGUGAAGCUGCCGAGAAGGAAUUAGUUCGACUUGGAGCCAUACAAAGGAUCUUAGACUUGUUUUUUGAGUAUCCCUACAAUAAUUUCUUGCACCACCAUGUCGAGAGCAUUAUAUUUUCGUGUUUCGAGAGCAAGAAUGGUGGUCUUUGUGAGCAUCUUCUUCGUGAAUGUAGUCUUGUGACAAAAAUACUUGAAGCUGAAACAAACUUCAAAUUAGCAACUGACUCAAGCAAGCCAACUGUCCCUGCCGAGGGUAGAUCGCCACCUAGGAUCGGGAAUAUUGGACACUUGACACGUGUAUCUAACAAACUGGUUCAGUUGGCAAAUAACAACUCUGCUGUUCAAUCACUUCUGCAGGAAAAUACUCAAUGGAUUGAUUGGCAAACAUCUGUCUUGACCAAGCGGAAUGUGGUGGAAAAUGUCUACCAGUGGGGCUGUGGGAGGCCAACUGCUCUGCAAGACCGGAGAGAUAGUGAUGAUGAUGAUUAUCAAGAUAGAGACUAUGAUGUUGCAGCACUCGCAAAUAAUUUGAGUCAAGCAUUCCGAUAUGGUAUUUACAACAAUGACGACGCGGAUGAGGUGCGUGGCUCACUUGAAAGAGAUGACGAGGAUGUCUACUUCGAUGAUGAAUCUGCUGAAGUAGUCAUAUCUUCUCUGCGUUUGGGUGAUGACCACGACAGCAGUUCGCUAUUUACAAACUCCAACUGGUUUGCUUUUGAGGAUGACAGAGCUGCUAACGAGAGGUCUGCUGGAGCACCUGCUUCUUCCUCACCGAAUAAUAAUGAUGAGGGUGGGACUGGUGGUGCUGCCGCUGAUGUUAGCAACAAGGAGGAUGUAGCCGCAGCUAGUGAAGAUGAUGAUUUAGGUGACACAGCCACAUCUUUACCACCAUCGGUCGACGAAUGCAACAAGAACCUGGAUGAGACGUCCGCAAACAGUAGUCUGUCUAAAGACUCGAAUGAAGAAACGGAGACUGGAGCAAAUGAUAAUAAACCACCUGCUUGGGUGGAAUGGAGGGAAACACCAGACGAUGUCGAUGAUGGUUCACCUGGUUCAAAGCAACCUCCUCCACCUCCCAACACCGAGGUUCAAAUAGAUGCAGCCUCAAAUCAGGCGGAGGGUGAUCAGGAGGGCGGUCCGGAUUCUGUUGGUGAGCAGCAGUCGACUACUUCUCCAGCCGAAGCUCCCACGACUGACUCAGCCACCGAGAACACAUCUUCCAGUGGUUCAAUAAUCCCCAUUGCUUCUAUUGUUGCUGAUGCCAAGACCACGGAAGUAGGAACUGCUGAAGAUAAGGCGGCUGGAGAAGCGGCUAAAGCUGAUGAUGAUGAUGGCAAGGAAAAGAGCGACUAAAUGUGAAGAAUGAUUCUUGACUGCAGAAUCAAUCAGUGGUCCUAAUUCGGGCUAAUUCCCGCCCUGCGCCAAUGGAUGGGGUUGGAAGAAGAUGGGAGGAUUGAGGAUAGGAGCUCUCUGUUGAGUGACACUAGUCGACUCUACUUGAGAGCCUCCUUUGUAAAUCUGUUGCAGGAUUUGUUGUCUAGGGAUAAAAGAAUGGGAAGGAUCAACUCUCUUCCCCAGCUCACAGCUUGGACGUGAGGUUUGCCACUGCCCCCGCUCCCAAGGAAGAGGGGGUUCACCAUUUUCUCUCCUUUCAAGCCAUUUUCUUUUUUCCUUUUUGGUUCCCCUCCCCUACUCUAUUUAUAAAUUUCUUUUUCUUUGUCUUUUUGUUCCUCUGUUUUUCUUUAUAUAUUUUUUUUUCAAAUUUAGGUGAUCCAAUGCUCUUAUUGAUAAUUGUUUAGGGUUGUCGUAGCUCUGGUCGCCCUUCCCUCCCUCCCUCCCACAGGUCUUGUUUAGAAACUGGAAUUUGUCAAAAUGGUAAAAAAAAUUAAAUGGGAUUUUGUAGCAUAAAGAACUGUUCAUAUUAUAGCCCUUUGUCCUUGCUU